AUGGCAAGUGUCCUAAUUAGACCAGCUAAAGUUGUACUUAUUUCAUCACUCAGAAGCGUUACAGUGAAGGCAGUAAGAAAGUUGCAUUCUAAUUUUGAGUUUCCUCGUUGCAAAAAAGAGAUGGAAGGACUUGAGAUAACAGAUAUGAAAGUAGUGCCUUGCGUCAACUCUCGCUUUAUCCAGCCGUCAAGAGUUGUCUUCAAACAGGUCAGGCGAUUUCAAAUGUUGAAGGUUGAAAAGAAAGUUAGCGUUAAUUUGGCGUUGAGUAGGCUUGGUAGUAAGGUCUUUUGGCUGUCCUUUAGUAAUAUCUUGUACUCAAAACCUGCGAUCAGUACUUAUUUCAAGCAUGAUUUCCGAAAAAAAUUAAAGGUUUAGGCACCUGAAAUUUUUCCACCGGAUCAAGAAAAAAGACAGAAUUAAUUCAUUUCCAAAUUUCCUAUCUAAAUGCGCUCAACAAAAAUGACAAUCGUUUGCAAGCAUCGAUUGACUCUAGAAUCAACGACAGUGGUAUUGUAUUAUGUAAUAUCAUCAUGAAUGGUACCGAGUUCAUCAAGACUAUAAUAAUUAUAUUAAUGCGUUGAGAUGGUUAAAGACAUGAUCACAAAUUGCAAACAGUGAAUUACAAAAUUAGGGUCAGUAUGAGACUUUUUGGAGGACUUUGAUAGAUAUCUACUUCUACCAUCAUGUGAAUAUUUUUCAGAAUUUGUCAGGUAACCAACUCUCACACUACACUAAGCUUGGUUGCCUGUGAGAGUACUCAGUCCACAACAUGCUUCCUAAACAGUGAUAACCUUUGAAUCCUAGGAUCUCACUAGUAAUUCUCUCAAGCAUUUCGAUAUUAAUUGAAACCAUAACAAAAUCCCUAAAGAUUAGCGGUUAUUACACAUCCCAUUCAACAUCUAAUCAAAUCAAUAAUUUUCAACUUGAACUCCCGUUUCUCUACAUUGCAAUUUAUUAAUCAAUCAAAAUAAAUGAUAAGUCAGACCCAAAAAGAUUGGCUCCCUGGUUCAUUUACAAUUAUAAAAUGGAUGGAGGAAUUUGGAGUGAAAAGUCUGUAGGAUGAUAUUUUCCAACUCUCUAUUCUCAUCACCGUUUUUUAUUGUUAAAAAACUAUGUACCUUUUUUAUUGUUAUCCUUGGUAAAAACUUUCUCAAUCCAUUUUUUCUUUGUCUUCAAAAAAGAAUGGUCUGCCCAGAGAAUGGGACUAUGUCAAGGAACACGAUGAGUAUGUCCUUGUACAUUCUUUAACUUUUGAUAUAGCAGGUAGACAGACAGUGCUGUCAAACAACUACAUACUGUUGAUGCCAGUAAUAACAUUAACGUUAUUGGUGUUUAACUUAGUCAUGAGAUCAAAGAAUAUGGCCCAAUAAUCUUAACCAACAUUUAUGGCUGCACGAUUAGAGGAUCAUUGAAUUUUCAUAUCUCUUUUAAAUGCAUAGAAUGGUCAGGAAAGAAAAUGGGACUAUUUAACAGUACAUGAUAGGUAUGUGAAUAGUUAUCUGAAUGAAAGAACCCUUCAUAAGGGUACAUUGAAGAAGCCUUGUUGGCUGACAUUGCUACCAAUUGAAUUGGUUAUGUUUCCUCUGGAUUGAGAGUCAUUUUUUGUAAAAGAUUAGCACUCCUAUUUUUGAAUAAGGUAAUUUUAAAGUGCUUCACAAAAUAUUUCCUUAUGUAGACAUCAGCUAGCCCCCUGUGAGUAUCUUAUUUAGAGUCUCUCCACAGAGGAUAUAUUCGAAAAAGAAAUUAGACUCUGCUCACUUCCCAGAGUAGAAAAUUGAAGCCUUCAAACCUGACAGAAAUUACAACUUUAGACUCUCCACAAUUUAAGGAGGAAUUGUCACAAUAAUGACUAUACAUUUCCUAUAGAAAGUGUAGUUGUUCAUUUAAAUGAUUCAUACUAGUGAGGUAGUAUAUAGUUUAAGAUACUGAAAUUGUUAUGAAUUGACCAAGUUUGUUUUCCUUCAGUGUCUGUGCACUCCUAUUUAACACCACACGACAGUCUUUCGUUCUUGUGAAGCAGUUUAGACCAGGUGAAUGUUCAAUUUCCUCUCAACAUCUCGUAAUAAAAUAAUUAUUUUUGCUAUUAGCCACACACUUUUUAUAAUUUUACAUCUGAUAAUUUGGCGUCAAAUCAAAGCAAAUCACACACAGCAUAAACCAGAUGGAAUGUUUCUCUCUUCUCAAUACCCUUAUGCUUGAUACUGUUUAGAUGUGGUUAGGAGAAUUUACUUCUUGGUCACAUCUGAGAUUGAAAGGAAUCAUAUAAGUAACCCUUAUGCUGGCAUUUCUAUUCCAGCUAUUUACAUGCAUGUCAACAGAAAUCUCCACAAGAAGGCAUUGACUGAUGGCAGUGCAGUUACCAUGACAGCAGAUGAUGCAUCUCUACCAAUCACAGCUCCAUUCAAUGAAGGAGUCACUUAUGAACUGUGCGCUGGUAUCAUUGAUAAAAACAUGAGUCUUGCAGGUUUAAUGAAGCAGGAAAUCUUGGAAGAGUGUGGUUAUGACAUUCCAGAAGAAAACUUGCAAGAAGUUGUAUCAUUUCGAGGUGGGGUAGGAAGCACUGGUUCCCUACAGACAUUCUUCUAUGCAGAAGUGACUGAUAAAAUGAUUGUGAGUCAAGGUGGAGGAAAUCUUAAUGAAGGGGAAAGGAUAGAGGUGUUUUAUCUACCACUUGACAAGAGCAGAGAGUUUGUGUUUGAUGCAACCAAACAUAAACCAGCGGGGCUCAUGUUUGCAUUUAUGUGGUACUUCAACAAGUUUAAUAUUUAAAAGGUCUUUAACCCUUAACCCUUUAACUCCCAGAUCAAGUUCGUAAUUCUCCUUACUGUCAACCAUACAAUUCUUAUAAUGUUAGUUCAGAGAAUUUAGUAUUGGAUCGACUAAUUAUCCCUAAAUUGAUAUUUUCCUUUAUUCUCAUCACUUAUCUGGUUGAUAUUGUAUUGAUAUUGUAAAGAGAAAUUCUGUCUUGGUCACUCGUGGGAGUUAAAGGGUUAAGAGUGGCUGGCUUUUAAUUUAUCCCUACAUUAUCAUUCUUGUAAAGAUCAUGAGAAUAAAGGAAGCUUUGAUAACCAAUUUAGGAAGCUCCUGAUUGCCAAUCAAAUUCUCCUUGUCAAUAUCAGAGGAAAAUGUAAAAAGAAUAGUCUGGAGAGUAGGAAUACCAAUGUUAGGGUGUAAAGGGUUAAGAUAAUGCGUGUAACAUCAGUUGUUACAUUUAAUUGUGUGGAGCAACAGAAGACCAUUGUUACAACUGAAAGUUCAAAUUCUUCCCAUUUUUGAUAUAUCAGCUACUAAGGACAGAAAAGUAGACACAGUGCUUUACAUGUAUAUCAUGUUUACUCAACUCCAACCUCUCUAGCAAGACAUCUUGCUUUCUUGUUAAUCAUAAGGUGUAUGGUAAUAGGACUCGGGAGAAAUUUUGAUAUACAUGCACACUGUAUAGUAUAAAAAUAAAUUCCAGAAAUCUCCUAUAUUUAACUUUUGUUCACUAGUUUCAGUCCACAAUUGUCCAAAAAACAUAGACUAGAAUUUGUUUCAGUGGAAACAUUUUUGUAUUAUUGCAGAGUACAGAUGCUAUCAAUAAAUCAGUCAACUUACUUUUUAACGCAUGUCAUUCACCA